ACUGACCCAAGCGAGUUGUUCACGCGUUUGAAAUAACGCUCUUUUAUGCAGAGACUAGCGUUUGAUCACUGAAAUAAGAAAAGAAAUAUAUAACCCUUUAGAAUCAUCGCGUGAUUUGGCGUUUCCGGGAUUUAGAAGGGGUAUGUGAGGAGAGCUGUCCGAGGUGCUGACAGAGAUGCCUUUUUAGAUUACGGAGCCUGCGGUUCUGGAAAUAUGAAUAAACAUCCAGAGCUGUGUUCAAGUUUGACUUUCUCUCACAGCAGCAGCAUCCCUUCAGUUAGUAAACCCGGGGAAACCCCAGAAAGUAAUGGGACCCCAGAGAGGCAGACGCAGCUGCGAGUGGCUGAGUCGCAGGGACUGCAGCUCCUUGAUAUGCUCAGAUCAUUCAGGGAGCAAGGUUUGCUGUUUGAUUUCACCAUCAUAGUUCAGGAUCAUCAGUUCCCCUGUCACAGAUGUGUUCUUGCAGCAUGCAGUGAUUUCUUCAGGGCCAUGUUUGAAGUUGAUAUGCGAGAGCGUGAUGAUGGCACCGUAACACUCGCUAAUCAGUGCCCCAAGGCAAUGGGUUCCUUCCUGGAUUUUGCCUAUUCUGGAGAGAUUCUUAUCACCGAUGGCAACGUUGAUGUGUUGUUCCAGCUCGCCUCUUUUCUGCAGGUCCCUGUCCUGUCCAGGGCAUGUAGCGACUUCCUUGUUGGAACAAUGGAUCUUUGCAAUUGUCUAACCCUCUUGUCCCUGGCAGAGGCAUAUGGCUCUGCCUCUCUUCUUCAAAGUGCCAGCGAGUUUGUGAUUGGGAACUAUUUUGAUUUGUCCAAAACACAGGAGUUCUUGGACAUGCAGGAAAAUGUUUUAAAGGCCUGCCUAAAGUCUGAUGCUCUGAACGUUCCCAGUGAGGAGGCAGUUUUGAGGUCUCUUCUUCGUUGGAUUCACCACGAUCUGCCAGGGAGACAGAAGCUCCUUUCAGAACUGAUGUCUCUGACCCGGCUACACCACUUGCCUGCAGCUUCCCUGAAGAAUUUGCAUGAUUCUGAUCCCCUCCUCGGCAGUGACGACUCCUGUCUUACACUCCUAUCAGAGGCCCAGAGCAGACAGACUCUGUACGAUGGCCUACUGACUGAUGCCAGGCCCUCGACCACAAAGAGCUACAUCUACAUUCACAAGACGGAGGAGAACGGGGAGAACCGUCAUACCUUCUGCUACUGUUUGGAAACAGACCAGUGGAAGGAGCUGCAAACAGAGUUUGGGGAGGCUCCCAUGCCAGAUCCACCCGGGUCUUACCUCAACAGCUAUGCAGAGAAGAUGUUUAUCACAGGUGGUUGCCUGGGGAACUGCAGCCGGGCAAUUCGCCUCCAUGUGGCUGAAUCCUACCACAAUGCCACUGAUGAGGUUUGGUGUUUUUGCCCUGUGACCUUGACCUGUACACCUGCACCAGCCAUGCUGAAGCCCAGAACCAUGCACACAGCUGUGACCUGCCUGGACCGGGUGUAUGUGAUUGGGGGACGAACCAAGGGAACCAGAGGGGAGGCCCCAAGUUUGCUGGAUGUGGACUAUUAUAAUCCUCUGACUCAGAGCUGGUGUUCUGUCAGCCAGCUGCCAGCUGCCAUCUUCUACCCAGAGGCCAGUGCUUGUGGCAGCGUGAUUUACACUCUUGGGUCUGAGGUGGAGAUCACAGACUCCUUUAAUCCUUCACUCGAUUGCUUCUUCUGCUACGACGCCGAGCAGGACCAGUGGAGCCGCCUGGUGGCAGAGUUUGGGCAGUUCUUCCAUGCCACACUGGUUAAGGCAGUGUCAAUAAACAACACACUUCACCUCUGCGAUUUAUCAACCUACAAGGUUUACAGUUUCUGCCCAGAAACCUGUGUGUGGAAGGGUGAGGGCUCGUUUGAAUGUGCAGGUUUUAACGCAGGAGCCGUUGGGAUGAGGGACAGAAUCUACAUACUGGGUGGAGACUACUCACCUGAUGAGAUCACAGACGAGGUUCAGGUGUACUACAGUGGGAGGAGUCAAUGGGAGGAAGUGACACCCAUGCCCAGAGGACUCACAGAGUUCCACUGUCAGAUCAUCAGUUUCAACAGAUACAGGGACCCAUGGGCAGAAUGAUCGCCUACAAUCAACACUCCCUUCAUCUAUAAACCUGCGUGUCUGUGUUAAGCUUUAAAUGUUUGCACCAUGUGGAUGACUGACGUUUCAAAUAAGAAUAACAAUCAGCGUUUUUCUCAAAGAUCACAGCUAUUUUUGUUUCUCACGUGAACACAAUCAUAAGAGCUGUAUUUCUGAAACACCUAAUGUUUAUUCUCCCAUGGAGAAACCAUGUUAAGGUAUUUUAAAAGUUUUAUUUUAGUAGUAGAUUAUUUUUCGUAGUGAAGAAAGCAGGUGGACAACGCAUAAUAUACUGUGCCAGCUUUUCUAAAGAGGAAUCAUUUAUUUUGUAUAAGGGUAGAAUUUACAUUGCAGCAAAAAUUGGGCCAGAAGCAUAAACAUAAGAUAAACGCCAAUAUAUCAUAUAAACACUGCUUCAAUGAUGUAGCAAUAACUAAAAAUAUACAUAUUUCUGUGUUGCGUCCU